AUCAAAUUUCCCUCGGAUGCUUCUGUGUACAUGUGAAAGAUGGCCGAGGUUGACAAUGAUGGGGAGCAGAAGACAUCAGACAAAGAUGAUUUACAAGUCUUAAAGGAGUUAGUAGAUGAACUGUACUGCUUUAGAGACCGUUACUUUGAGACACACAGUGUCGAAGAUGCUAGUAGGAAACAGAAUGAUGUUGCUGAAGAGAUGGCCAAGACACUUGAAAGGCUUGAGGAAAAGGAAGGCUUGUACAAACACAGUGCCCAGUUCUUGCUGCUGCGGGGUCGGUGUCUGAACGUUGCCCCAGGGUUCAGUCAGGCUGCUGAGGAGUGCCUUUCCCGGGCUGUUAAACUGGAACCGGGGCUGGUGGAGGGCUGGAACACACUGGGGGAGCAGUACUGGAAAAAAGGAGACCUGACUGCGGCCAAGACCUGCUUCACAGGUGCACUGCAGCAGAGUAAGAACAAAGUGUCUCUGAGAAGCCUGUCCAUGGUGCUAAGACAGCUGUCACCAGAAGAGGACGCCCAAGAGCAGAGCAAACGCAUUUUAGAGAGUUUGGAGCUUGCCAGACAGGCUGUGCAACUCGAUGUUACUGAUGGGACAUCUUGGUAUAUUUUAGGAAAUGCAUAUAUCUCCAUGUUCUUCACCAGUGGACAGAACCCGCAGCUGUCUCAACAGGCCCUCAGUGCCUAUGCACAGGCCGAGAAAAUUGACAAAGCAUCCUCAUUGAAUCCUGACCUCCAGUUCAACAGAGCUACGUUGUUCCAGUAUGAGGAGAUGUACAGUUCAGCACUGGAUGGAUACAGUCAGGCUGCCGUCCUUGACCCUGCCUGGGAAGAACCUCAGGAGAGAGAAAAACAGCUUCUGAAGUACUUAGACCAGAUUACAGCACUAAUUGAGAACAAGGGAAAAGUAAAAGCGCGGCGUCUUCGUAACAUGCUCUCCUCCCUCAGUUGCUCUGCCCUAGGCCCAUGCUCCUCCCCUCAGUUCCGCUCUCCCUCAGGCCACACAGGAAGCCUGGAACCCCGCAGCAUCUCCGCUCUCACUCACGGACACAACGCCGGGGUAGCAGCCCUGGGAAAAGUGGUCUUUAGCUUGGCCUCAGAGGGCCGUAUGGCUUUCACAUUUGGUAUGGUGGACAGUGAAGAGACCUGUUGUGUCAUCAUGGUGUACAACACAGCAGACAGCUGGGGUGUUUUAAUAGGAGAUACUGUUGUCAUUCCCGAACCACAGGUCAAACGGCACAGCGUAACCCAUAAAGAUAAGUCUUAUGACUUCCGAAGUAUUCGUGUGGACUCUCCUUUGCUUCUCAUUGUCAAUGGGAAAAGGCAAGUGACAAAAAGCCAAAGUGCUGCCUUUGUUACUUACAAGCCACAGAGUGAAUGAAAACCAGCCUGAGGACAUAAUGAGAACAUGGGGAGUGAUGAGAGUAGAGUUUUUUUCCCUUUUGUAUAUAUAUUUUGUAAUGUUUUGUUCACUUCCUUUAUGUGAAGACAAGAAAAGUCUUUGUACAUACUUUUCAAAUCAUUUCCCAUUUUAAGUUUCCUCUUGUCUGCUGGUAGACUCUGUAAGAUUGUCUGUUUCAUACUUGGGUUGUGAAAUUAAUAUACUCCCAGAGGUGCUCUUAAAUUUUACUUUGAUUAGUUUUUAUUUCAAUUCCUUAAUAAAAACUGAUAAUUGAGAACUGUUUGGAAGUACCUACAGAUAAUAAAUCUAAUUUACACAGG